AUGGCUGAAGAAGAAGCUCAAGUCGCCGUCGACAUGGCAGAGCCUGUAGAAGUGGAAACCAAGUUUCAAUUUCUUCAAAGUCGACAAAGACUUAAUUCGGACAGCGAGUACCAUUCAACACAUGACAAAAACUCUCUCGCCGACAUCCCUGAUGUGUUAGACCGUUCAUUGACUGAAGAGGAACCGGAUAGAGAGUGCCAUAUGAUGAAAAAACCUGAAUCAAGAGUGUCUUCAAGACAAAUGCGUCGUCUGAAGACCGAAAUCACCCAUCUUCCUUUUGAUACUGUAAUGAAAAUCCUCGCUUACUAUCAUUACAAUAUCGACAUCACCAUAGCUGCUGCAAAGCAAAUGAGUACUCCACAGUUGCUUCCAAAACCUGCUCAAUCGUUGUUCAAGGCGAAUAUUCCAUAUGAAAGAGAGCAGAAUUCAACAAAGAAGCAGCCGUAUAAAGAAUUCUAUAUGGCAAAGAAGUUCCGCAAAGUGGCUGAUAAUAAGGCACUCGUUGACUUCUAUUAUAACGAGAAAAACAAAAUUGAUGGAAACUGGCGGCUUGAGAGAGAUGAUAGAGUUCCAAUGACUUCAGAUGAGAGAGUGGAGAUGCAGGAGAGGAUGGCGAGCUGUGGAAUUUAUAUUCGUCGACGUGAUCCAACUGCAACGAACAGAAAGACUCGUGGAAAGAAGGCCGCUGCGACUCGCAAAGCAAAUCAAAUUCUCCGCAUUGACAAUGGAGAUUUCAGAGAUGAAGAUGGAGCGGAUUCAGAUACGCCAUCAGAUCGUGCCGCUUCUGAGAAAUCGGAGAUGGAAACUCCAGCUGAACCGACGCCAAUGCCACAGAUCACUCUUAGAGUCAAGCCAUAUGUUUCGCCACCGACAAUCACUGUAUCCACGUCACCAGAUGCUUCACAUAUUGUCGCGUCAUCAGGUGCAUCCAUGAGGUCUCCAGCAGAAAUGUCAUCUGAAUCUUCGAUCUCUACGCCACCAUCCACAUCGGCACCGUCAUCAUCAGAACAGCCGCGUAAGAGACUCACGUUCAGAUUCCAAUUCGCUGAUCCAAUUUUCAAUCGAUCUGCGAAUUCGAUCUCCCCUGUCACGUCUUCAUCGUCAUCGUCUUCAACGGCGUCAGAUGUCGCCAGUACUUCUGCAUCGAAAUUGAAGAAAGUGUAUCGGAAGAGGACGAUCGAGGAGCUUCGUGGAGGAGAACAGAAGACGUAUCCAGAUCGAGAACGCAAGCCGAAAAAGAGACUUUAUGAAUAA